AUGCUUCGAGUCAGCUUGCAUCGCCUCUCGCCAUCCUCACUCUGCUCAUAUUCUCCGCGGUCUCUGCCCCCACGGAAGCAAACCUUCUCCUUCGCCAAAUUGAGAAGCAGCGUGAGCGCGAUGAGGGAUUUCAGCACCUCCUCCGACCUCACCACCAAGCUCUUGUUUCGUCAGCUCUUCGAGAAGGACUCCUCCACUUACACUUAUCUGCUCGCCGAUGUUGGUCACCCUGAUAGGCCUGCUCUGCUGAUUGACCCAGUAGACAAGACAGUAGAUAGGGACAUCUCCCUUGUAAAAGACUUGGGAUUAAGGCUCAUAUACGCCAUAAACACUCAUGUCCAUGCUGACCAUGUAACUGGGACUGGGUUGCUGAAGACAAAGGUUCCUGGUGUAAAGUCUGUUAUCUCAAAAGCAAGCAAUUCCAAAGCUGAUAUGCACAUCGAAGCAGGAGACAAGAUCUACUUUGGAGAUCUUUUCCUGGAGGUUAGAGCUACUCCUGGGCAUACACAGGGCUGUGUUACCUAUGUUACAGGAGAUGGGCCUGACCAACCAAACCCAAGGAUGGCAUUCACUGGAGACACUUUGUUGAUACGUGGAUGUGGACGAACUGAUUUUCAGGGUGGGAGCUCAAGUCAACUCUACCAUUCUGUGCAUUCUGAGAUCUUCACCUUGCCCAAGGACACCUACAUCUAUCCUGCUCAUGAUUACAAGGGAUUCACUGUCAGCACAGUUGGAGAGGAGAUCCAGUAUAAUCCCCGGCUCACCAAAGACGAGGAAACAUUCAAGAGCAUCAUGGAAAAUCUUAAUCUUCCAUACCCUAAGAUGAUCGAUGUGGCUGUUCCUGCAAACAUGGUAUGCGGGUUGCAAGAUGAUUCUUCAGCAGAGCCUGUUGUCGCGACUUCUAAGUAA